AACGAAAGCUAAAAUAUCUCGUGGAACUCUAGAGCCAAAGCAAAACUCACUAAAACUAGAGUUACUACCAUGCUAUCAUCCAUUCCACAACCUUCCAUGGCUCUCUGUAUUAACAAUGGAGGUACUGCUAUUUGCAACACAACCACCACCCCCACUUCUCAAACCCACCUCUCAUUUCGUCCUCAAACCAUUAUUUUAAACAACCCAAGUAAAAGAUCUUCACAUAUUGCUACUGCAAAGAAAAUCUCUUCUAGAACUGGUAGGUUUGAUAGCAAAAACAAGAAAACUACUGGUGGUGGUGGAGGAGGAACCAGUACAACCACAAUUGAAGAAGUGGAUGAAGUUAUUGAGAGAGAAAGAAGUGAAAGGGAUUUAGCAGAUGGAGUUGUAACUGGAAUUGAUGAUGGGUAUUUCUUGCCAGAGCUACCUGGUGAUAAACCUGAUCCUUUUGAAGGUGCUCAAUGGGAUGGUCUUGGUUUCUUUCUUCAGUAUCAGUGGGCUUUUGGUGUUGUCUUUGCGCUGAUUGCUUGUGGAGUUGCCGUUGCGACUUACAACGAAGGGGCGACAGACUUUAAGCAGACAACGGUAUACAAGGAGUCGGUCCAGUCUAGAGAGUUGUUGGAAGAACCAGAGACUUCAAAUGCAGAUGUUUUCGAGGGAAAUCCAACUGAAGAAGCACCUAGUCUAGAGUAAGCACUUCAAAGAACUUAAAACAAGGUCUGCAUUCAGUUCAUGCUGUAAUUGUAAGGACUAAGCAUACAAACAGGGGUCUCAAAAAUCUCUCCCAAGGUAAUAAUAGUACUGAAGUACACUUUUAUAUGUUGUAAAUUUUCCAUGGCUGUUUUGUUUGUGUAUUCAUAGUGUAUGAGAAUGCUAAUACUUGAUAGAUCUCUCAAAUUGGAAUGUUAAAAUCUAGAUGUAGAUACGCUUGAGAAACAUUACGACCUUCUUUUGUUAUGUAAUUUGGCAUGUAGAGGGCAAGAAAGAUUUGAGGUUUAUUGAAAGCCUACAUUUCUCAUAUGUAUGAUGGAAAAUGAAAUGAAUACAUGACUCAUAUAGAAGAUGCUCCAAACA